AUGGCUCCCAGCAAGAAGAAACCCGCCCACCCCGACGAGCAUCACCCGACCGACCAGCCCGCGAAAGAUGGUGUCAACGGCUUCGUUCUCCGUGACGGCAAGUUCGAGUGCCACGAGAAGCGCCCUAGCGGAAACAACUGCUACUCGGUCAUGAACAACAAGGCCCACAACAUCACCUCUCACCUCUCCUCGUUGCACAAGAUCGGCGGCAAGUACCUGAAGAACGAGGCCAAGAAGAUCCUCCCCAACGGCGAGGUCGACAAGAUCUGGCCGUGCCAGUACAAGGGCACUCCCUUCUGCGGCGAGCGAUCGACGAACUUCCACAACCUCGUCGCGCACAUGCGCCAGGCCCACGAGAUGAGGGGAUCUUUCGAGCAGUGGGAGCAGGACGCCCUGCUGCAGAUGCAGGAGAAGGAGGACGCCGCCGGCGAGCUGGCGAUCAAGAAUUUUUUGCGCGAGCUGGAGGACGAGUCUCUACCGCCCCCUGACCGCGUCGACAACACCAAGCGAGAUCGUGACGACCAGGACCAGGGUCCGCCCGGCUUUGGCGGCGGUCAGGGCGUUGCUGUCUAG